CCUACUCACCGCUCCCCGCAUAGGCCGCCGAGGAAGCCAAGAAGCUGGCAGCUGAACCUUACGCCCCCGCGCGCUCCGUCGCGCUGUUCGAGACAUAUGCAGACCCAGAUACACCCGAUGUCAUAGGCCCUGAAGGGCUCGAGAAGUUGUGUUUGGAUGCAAACAUCCCAAUGGAGGGUGCAUUGCCUCUGCUCUUUUCUUGGCAACUGGGGGCUCAAGAGAUGGGGAAAUUUACGAAAGACGAGUGGGUCAAGUGGACUUCAGCACGCAAAAUAUCCACACUUUCUCAGAUAUACCAGGCAUUGUCAGACCUCGAUGAUCUUUUGAUUGAUGGGAAACCCCCCUUGAAGCGUCCCUCAAAUUCCAAGAAACAUGAUGAACCAUACGAUCGGACCGCCUACUGGACCUACGCUGAUGAUACAAAAGACGCGUUUCGCAAACUUUACAUGUUCUGUUUUACGCUGGUAAAACCUCCGCAAUCCCGAAACAUUGACAUGGAGACCGCCACUGCCUUUUGGACUGUGUUAUUGGCGCCGAAGUCGCCUCUCAUGAAAGAUGUCCUAGAAUUCGUCGGCGGAAAGGGAGAGUCUUACAAGGCCGCAAAUAAGGAUUUAUGGACCAUGAUGCUUGAAUUUUGCGAGACGAUGUCACCCAAUCUCGACGGAUAUGAGGCGGAUGGGGCAUGGCCGACUCUUUUGGAUGACUUUGUUGCGUCGAAAAAGGGCGGAAAUGAUAAGAAAGUAGAUGCCGUUGCCUGAAUAUCUGUCGCACUUAUGGACUUUGCUUUGCAACUUACAAUGUUAUCUAGUCGUUUACAUGGUCGUAUGUAUUUUAGACAAAGUUCAUUUUUCCCUGUUUUUGCGCGGCUCGUGACGUGACAUGAGUGACCGGGACAUCCCGAAGCAAAUAGGUGCAAAUAAUAUUUAGCGUGAAAAAAAU